AUGGCCGAAGGUGACGUGAGCUAUCCCAACCCUAACGGCAGCAUCAGAGAUGUUGUGACGAACGGUCCUGUUAUUGACAACAUCAAGUCUGAGGCCUCGCGUACCCAAGAGGAGUUGCGCGAUCUGAGAUAUUCGAGCUCAACUCCGUCAACGACCACUGCGACCGGCCAGCCCCUGACAUACUAUCAUUCCUUGCUUUACAGACUCCUGAGCUGGGAGCAACCAAGAGCUACUGCCGUUUCCUUUGUGAGCGUCAUCGCUUUUAUCUUUGCCGCCCGUUACCUGCCCCUUCUUCGCUGGUUCUUCAAGUUUACAUAUCUGGCUUUGGGAUUCACUGCUGCGGCCGAAAUUGGUGGUCGUCUCGUGCUGUCACAGGGCCUCGCCAGCUCAUUCCGUCCUCGCAAAUACUACACCGUCCCCAAGGAAACCGUUGAGGCAGUCCUGGAGGACCUUGAACAGCUCGUCGACUUCCUUCUUCUUGAGUUCCAGCGUAUUCUGUUCGCCGAGAAUGUGGUCCACACUGUUGCUGCCUUCUCUGCCGCCUUUACUGCCUACUGGCUGAUCAAAUUCCUCCCAUUCUGGGGAUUGUCGCUCAUUGCUGUCACCAUCGCGUAUCUGGGACCGCUUGUCUACAUCAACAACCGCGAAGUCAUUGAUGCUCAAAUUGAGAAUGUCCAUGCAAUUAUCAACUCCCAAGCGCACCAGUUGAAGGACCUCGCCGAGGAGCGUACCCAUCAUGCCACCGGUCUCGUGAAGCAAUACGUCGGUGACUACAGCGCCAAGGCUCAGGAGUACAUUGGCCACCGCCGCAGUACUUCACCAGAAGCUACCAAGGCCGCCGGUCCUGUUGUCAAGAAGGAGCCUAGCGCCGAAGCCAUUGUCAAGCAGGAGCCCAUCCCCGAACCCGUCAUCAAGACAGCGGACUUCCCGGAGGCUCCAAAGCAGGAGCCGGUAGCAGAACCGAUUGAGCACAACCGUCAGCCUCUGGAGUCCAGGGAGCCUCUGCUGGCUGCUUAA